ACUCCACCAUCACUCCCGCCUCCAAGGCAAACUGGGCUGACAUGGUCCGACUUCCAAUUCGGAAACGAUGUAAACAGCCUCCCCACUUCGCCAGGGAUAGAUGGUAAACGACAAGGAUCUCUACAACAGACACUCAGCAAACUCCAUAGAGAGCGUUUCCGCUUCACAAAAUCAGUCCCCAGCGAUCUCAACAGCAAAAUCUGCUGUCCUCGCGACCGCGGCGCUGUCCUGGACAUCUACACCGAAGCUCUGAGCAAGAUUACUCCCGCAAACCACCAGCAAAUCUACGCCGAGGCAAAGGCGAAAAUAAAGACUGUACUAGGCCUCUCUAGAGCUGGGCCUCGAAAUGCCGUUUUUACAAGGACGCUGCUGGCGCCGAUUGAGCCGCUGUACGCUAUGCCGCGUAUUGAGUUCCGCAAUGACAAGUUUGGUCAUCGUGCGGCUACUAGGCUGCAGGAGUGGAGGGAGGAUGGGUGGCCUAAUCAGUACCCGAAGAAUGCGGUCCUGAAGGAGAGGGCUAGAGAAGGCAAGUGGGAGGGGUGGGUAAAUCAAAACUGGGAGGAUGAGGUGGCUGAAGAGGGGAGCGAG